AUGGCGCCUUCAUUUGAUCAUCUGCGCGAGGCAGACCUCGACGAGGACGAGUUUGACGAGGAUGAUGUCGAUAUUUCGGAUCUUCGCGCCAAGUACGAGGUGCAGCUAGAGGAAGGACUUGAUACGUUUGUCGUCAUCGAUGGACUUCCGGUUGUAACUCCGGAGCAGAAGCCCAAGCUUGUCAAGUUCCUGUUGAAAAAGCUGAACUCUGUUGGAAGAACUAAAGAAGACAUGAUUGAGAUGCCGAUAGGCCCAGACGGCAAAUCACUACAAUUUGCCUUUGUUGAGUUUACGUCACCUGGCGAAGCUGCGGCCGCCGUCAGGCAACUUGACAAUGUUCCCCUCGACAAGAAGCACGUUUUGCGAGUUAACAAGCUGACCGACAUCGAGCGAUAUGGAAGGGAGGGACGAAUCGACGAAGAGUACACAGCGCCAGUCAUCGACGAGUUCCAGCCGAAGGACCAUCUGCGCUCGUUCUUGGCAGACCCCAGCGGUCGGGGCAGAGACCAAUUUGUUAUGUACCGUGGCGACAACGUCGGCGUCUGCUGGAACAGCGAAAAGGAAGCACCGGAAAGCGUUGUCGACCGACCAAAUUGGACGGAAAGCUUCGUUCAAUGGUCUCCUCUUGGAACGUACCUGACAUCCGUUCACAUUCAGGGCGUUCAGCUCUGGGGUGGGCCAAAGUGGGACCGAUUGGGCAGAUUUCCCCACCCUUUCGUUAACCUCGUGGCGUUCUCACCCACGGAAAACUAUAUUGUCACCUGGUCUGGUCGCCCGAUCUCGAUCCCUGACGAAGGUCAUCCAGCGCUGAGCUUAGACGACGAUGGCAAAAACUACGUUAUCUGGGAUGUUGCAACCGCAAAACCUCUACGGUCAUUUGCGAACAAUGACGUCCACAAGGGUGACGAUGAGGGUGCUGGGAAGCAGCAACAGAAGUCCCCCUGGCCUGCUUUCAAGUGGUCUUCGGACGACAAGUACGUUGCCCGGCUGACACAGGGGUCUGCCAUUUCUGUCUACGAGCUUCCCCGGAUGAACCUUCUAGACAAGUCAACGAUCAAAAUUGAAGGCGUGAUGGACUUUGAUUGGGCACCAGCACUACCUCAGCGGGACGGUGUCAAGACGUAUGAGCAACUGUUUUGCUACUGGACGCCCGAGAUUGGAAGCAAUCCGGCCAAGGUCGGCCUGAUGAGCGUCCCGUCGAAGGAGAUUGUUCGCACGUUGAAUUUGUUUAGCGUGUCAGAUGCCAAACUUCACUGGCAGUCCGAUGCUGCGUAUCUUUGCGUCAAGGUGGACCGGCACUCGAAAUCGAAGAAGUCUCAGGCAACAACACUCGAAAUAUUCCGCGUCAAGGAGAAGGGUGUUCCUGUGGAAGUCCUCGACACGAUCAAGGAUACGGUUAUCAACUUUGCCUGGGAGCCCAAGGGUGACCGAUUUGUGAUAAUCACAACAUCAGAGCCGACCGGGCCCACUGCAGUUCCCCCAAAGACGUCUGUUUCCUUUUACGCACCAGAGAAGGCAAAGGGAAAUGCAGUUGGAAACUUCAAGCACCUCCGAACUCUUGAGAAGAAAAACAGCAAUGCUAUUUACUGGUCACCCAAGGGACGCUUUGUUGUCAUCGCUACGGUGCAUAGUCAGCAAGCUUCGGAGCUUGAGUUCUUCGACCUGGACUUUGAAGGCGAGAAGCCCGAGGCUGAAAAGGACUUGACGGCAAACCUUCAAUUAAUGAACGUCGCCGAGCACUACGGGGUUACAGAUGUUGAAUGGGACCCAUCUGGAAGAUUUGUCGCAACUUGGGCGUCUGCCUGGAAGCACAGCAUGGAGAACGGUUAUCACCUGUACGAUUUCAGGGGUGAAUUGUUGCGAGAGGAGCACCUCGAAAAAUUCAAGCAGUGGCAAUGGAGGCCUCGCCCUGCGACACUACUUUCAAAAGAGGAGCAGAAGACGAUCCGCAAGAACCUGCGUGAUUAUUCGCGUGUGUUUGAUCAGGAAGACGCAGAGCGGAUAGCUGGCGCUGAUCAGGAGGUUAUUGACCGCCGGCGUCGCCUUCUUGAAGAGUGGGUUUCCUGGCGCGCGUCUGUUGAGAAGGAUCUUGACGAGGAGCGUGAUGCUCUGCAUAUUCCCAAGAACCUGGUGGAGGAGCUGCUCAGGGCGAAGACGGAGGAGAUAGCCUCUGGAGAGGAAGAGAAGGUCGUUGAGGAGAUAGUCGAAGAGGUUCUAGAGGAAUCUGAAGAAAUAGUUCAGUAG